AGCUUCAUCACAACGCUCAAGACCACAGAGCUAAGUGGGAGUGUUAUGGUUUGUGACGGGAGUAUCGCCGCUUAACCACCAAAACUUACCGUUAAACUCUACCAGAAUUGUGUAGAAAAGUUAAACAUCCCGUUCUGGAACUCUGUAAAGACGUAUCAUUGCUCAAGCAACAAGCAAAUGGGAUUUACCUCAUAGCAAGCGGACGGGAGACAAGGGUUAGGAAAAUCCAUUUUGCGCUCCGCUGAAUUCACCUUGUUUGGAGGGAAGCUUUUUAACUCCUCUGGGUUCUUGACUGCAGGUGGUAUUAUGAUCAUCUCGAGGCAAGAGUAUUUUGUCGUAGAUGAAGUGUACAACCCUGUUAGGGUCGCCUUAAUACCGAGUAGUCUCAGUAGCAGAAGCCUUUGGACUGUGCGUAACCUAAGUUGUUGGAAAAUAUCUCAGAGAAGACAUUGUUAAUUGUUAUAGGUGAAAUAUUUUGAUUCUUGUGUUUGUCUGUAAGAUAGUUAAGCAACAAGGGCUUAUUUCUCACGCACAAGAUAAGUUAUAAAUUGAAGGAUUUUCUGUUUGACUCGAAAUAGAUUUCCGAGACCUGACUGUCUUGUAAAUCUCCUAUAAAGGAACUAAGAAGGUUAAGUUACGAGACAAAACAAGAAGUUCAGUUAGCUUUUGUAAUGCAUAUCAAAGGAACGUAAUAACUAAGAAGAUUCAGUAUUACUCUUCAUUCAACUUCCAAACGUUGUGCUCAAAAUUGUUUCCUGUCAAGUGAAGCUGUCAAGAUGAAGCUUCUUCCAGAAUCUUCAGGUUUUGAGGCCAUAAACAACGCCCUCAACUUUGAGACUGUUGAUGGCAGCAUAAUGGGCAGAUUAGAGAGCUACUCGUGCAAAAUGGUGGGUCAAGAGAAGGCAUUGUACAAGAGAUUCCAUAGUUUCUCUGGAGUGAAUGACCUUCAGGCCCUGUCACCGCCACAGUCUAUGUUUGAGGCAUCAUCACCGCAAUCUCUUGCUAAGAGUUCGCAAAGCAGUGGAGGCGAGGAUAGUCCGCUGGAGGACAAGAUCAACCGCAAGACAUUAUUUUACCUGAUAUCCACCCUCAAUGCAGCGUUCUACCCGGACUAUGAUUUCAGCAAUGCUUCUUCUCAGGAAUUUUCUAGGGAGCCUUCCCUAGAGUGGGUGAUGCGUGCUGUUGAGCGACAGAUGAUGGCAGUUGCUCGGUCAGAAUUCAUUUCUGUGGAGUCUGCACUUUGGGCUGCUCUGGACAGUGCCAUCUGUCUGCGAGAGUGUGAGAUUUACAGCUAUAACCCUGAUCAAACAUCGGACCCUUAUUCUGAAGAUGGUUGUCUCUGGUCAUUCAACUACUUUUUUUACAAUUCUCGUCUCAAGAGGAUUGUUUUCUUCACCUGCCGCUCCGUGUCGCAAUAUUGUGGUUCUCCUCACGACUCUGGACUGAUUGGCAAUUCAUGCAUGGACUUUGAGGAAGUAUUUUGAACACCUAACAAAGCCCUCUCCCCAUCCUUAUUAUUAUUGGGGGAAUGGAAUCACGUCAUUUAUAUAAUGAGUAAUGUUAUGUACAGCAAGGAAUUGUUUCACUUCUGUUUUGUUUUUUCUUUACUGUAUUUUUGUUCAUAAAAAUGGAAGAGUAUUUAGUUUUUGUAAUUGUAUUAUAAAAAAAGGUGAUAAUAAUUUGUAGGAAAAUCCUAUGGUCUUCUGUGUUGUAGACAAUGGAUAGAUGCAUAUUUGUGUCAAGCAUUUCAUUAUUUAGUUUGAAGAUUAAUUAUACAGAAAGAGGAUACACAAAGUUGUGUUAUUCUGAGAGUAAAAUGGAUCACUUAGUAGUUCCUUUUAGUUUUAGGCAGAUACUGUAUAUAGUACAGGUUGAACCUCCCUAAUCCGGCACCCUUUGUACCUGACCGGUGCCGGACUAUAGAAUUUUCCGAACCACAGGUGGUCUUUGUAAAAUACUUAGUAUUAUUAAUGCGCCAAUUAUAGUCUCCCUGGUCACUUCUGUGACAUUUUAUAAGCAAAAAACAUAAACCUAAGAUAAAAGACAUAAAUAAACAAAUAAAUACUUCACUAGGCCUUCAGCGCCAACUGUCAAACAUGUCACU